AUGGACGGCGUCGCCGCCCCAACCACGGGGACUCUGCCGACAAUUCUCUGCUGUCUUUGCGGCACUGCAAUAACAUCGAACCCCUCCAACAUGUGCGUUUCCUGUAUCCGCGGCCAGGUCGAUAUCACUGAGAGCAUCCCGAAGACCGCCUCCAUCUACUACUGCAAAGGCUGUGCUCGUUACCUGCAGCCUCCAAAGCACUGGGUCGCAUGCGAGCUCGAAUCCAAGGAACUCCUUACCAUUUGCAUUAAGAAACUCAAAGGCCUCAACAAAGUCAAGCUUAUUGAUGCUGGCUUUCGCUGGACAGAACCCCAUUCACGAAGAAUCCACGUCCGACUCCUCGUCCAGAAGGAAGUCUUUCAAAACACUAUUCUGCAGCAAGAAUUCGUCGUCGAGUUUGUUGUCGAUUACCAGCAAUGCGACAUGUGCCAGCGAGAUGCGGCCGAUCUUGAUGAAUGGCAGGCCGUCGUCCAGGUAAGGCAGAAAGUCCAGCACAAGCGUACGUUCUUGUAUUUGGAGCAACUCAUUAUUAAGCACAGCGCUCAUGAAGAUACCGUCGGUAUCAAAGUUCACCCUGAUGGCCUGGAUUUUUACUUCAUGCACAGAAGCCAAGGUAUUCGAUUCACCUCAUUCUUGAAUCAUGUCGUCCCGAUUCGAUCGAAGCAGGCGGACCAUCUUGUCUCUCAUGACGCAAAUUCGAACACCUACAGAUACAAAUACACCUUCUCAGUUGAAAUACUUCCUAUUUGCAAAGAUGAUCUCGUGGUCCUACCGCCAAAAGUGGCCACGCAUCUAGGUGGCAUUGGCCCGCUUGUGCUUGUGACCAAAGUGUCUCAGGCGCUCACCAUCAUCGACCCUUUCACUCUACAAACUGCGGAGCUUGCCGCCGCAUUAUACUGGAGGUAUCCGUUCCAGGCACUGAUGAGCAUCAAGCAGGCCACUGAAUUUUUCAUCAUGGAUGUCGAAAAAUCAGAAGACAGAAAAGGCAAGUGGUGCCUGGCUGACGCCACCGCUGCAAGGUCUGUAGACUACGGAAGCAACGACAAUCAACACUUCAUUCGAACUCACAUUGGCAACUUUCUCCGGCCAGGAGAUCUGGCAUUGGGCUAUGACAUUGGAAAUGCUGUUUACAAUGACAACCUUCUUGCAGGGCACAAAAAGCUGGAGCUCCCGGACUUUGUUAUAUUCAAGAGGACGUAUUCAAAGAAGAAUCGAUCGAAGCGACGAAUGUGGCGACUUAAGCGCUUGAACAUGGAACUCGACGAGUCUAUGGUCGAUACGGGAUCUCACAAGCGUGUUCCAAUGGAUCCAAUUGCAAAAAUGGCUGCUGAACAGGAGGAAUUCAUGCAGGAUUUGGAACAAGACAAGGACCUCCGUUCUACAAUCAACAUCUACAAGGACCCAAAGAGAAUACAACCUGCAGGUGGCACAGAUAUGGAUGUGGACGAGGGUGCCCAACCCAAACCGGUAAAACAGGUUGUUGCCGCUGCCGAGGACGGCGAAGAGGAGGAAGAUGAAGAAUACCCUGAAGUGCCGAUAGAGGAACUCUUGGAAGGUCUCGUCUUGGAGGACGAACCGGGAGCCCCCGCGCCGGUCCCCGGGGAAGAUGAGCAAGAGGAGGAGUAGCAAUAAUGAUACCAUCUGCAACGUUACUUUUUACGGUCUGUACUAGAAUGCCCGAAACCAGCUUGUGUUCUGUAUCUGCACCAGGACUACAUAGCAUCCAAGUCCUCGGACUGAGCAAUUUAUCGCACUCUUCUACGAAUACGUUUCUAACUUGUUGUCGCUUCUGAGUCUCAUAGAGGAGUGCGCCGUCACGGAAAGAAGAGACCACAGAUACCAAUCUCCCUUUCCACCACCCAUCGUGAGCAUUCUGCGAUGAGGAUGCGACUGUAUCAAAAGUUAUACUUCUGUGUA